AUGCAUCGAACGUUGCAUAUCUCUACAAAAUCACCAGAUGAAGAGCUGAAUGAGCUCGUGAAGCAAUAUUUUUCUGUUGAGAGCUUUGGUGUGGCCGUAGUUCCAGUAGCUGAGGGGAGUGAAGAUAGACGUGCUCGAAUCAUUUUGGAAGACACGACAGUGCGUACUAGAUCUGGGAAGUUUGAAACCGGAUUGUUAUGGCGGCAUGACUACGUGGAGUUUCCGGAUAGUCGACCAGCAGCAGUUAAAAGAUUAGUUUGCCUCGAACAUAAGUUGAGUAAAAAUAUUAAUUUGUACGAAAAGGUUCGUGAGCAAAUUUGUCAGUAUGAAAUCAAGGGAUACGCGCAUAGAGCAACGAUAGACGAAUUGAAGCGGUUUGAUCCUCGGCGCACGUGGUUUCUUCCGCUUGGUGUGGCUCUGAAUCCAAGGAAGCCAGAGAAAGUGCGAGUGGUCUGGGAUGCAGCGGCAAAAGUCAACGGAGUGUCUCUAAAUUCGAAGUUGAUGAAAGGUUCGAAUCUAACAGCUUCAUUCACGGCAGUUUUGUUUCUAUUUCGUCAAAGGCAAGUGGCGAUAACAGGCGACAUAAAGGAAAUGUUCCACCAGCUGUACAUUCGUCAACAAGAUCGGCAAUCCCAGUUGUUCUUGUGGAGAGAUGAGCCGACAAAACCUAUCGAAACGUAUGUGAUGGAUGUCGCAACAUUUGGGUCUACUUGUUCACCGUGUUCUGCACAAUACAUCAAAAACCGAAAUGCUGAAGAACAUAGAGAGGAGUACCCGAACGCAGCAGAUGCUAUAAUCAAAAACCAUUACGUGGAUGACUACCUAGAUAGUCAAGACACUCCAGAAGAAGUGAUUCGGCCACUGCUACAAGUGAAAAAGGUUCACCAAAGAGCUGGUUUCGAAAUAAGAAAUUGGUUGUCGAAUUCGAAAGACGUCUUGAGACGGGUCGGGGAUUCCAUCCCGACUUUAUCGAAGAACUUUGUGGUUGGCAAAGAAGAAGGAAUGGAACGUGUUCUCGGGAUUGUGUGGAUUCCCCGUGACGAUAUGUUUCGCUUCACCAUAGUUUUCCGUUCAGACGUACAAGACAUCGUAGAGAGUGAUGAUGUUCCUACUAAACGGCAAGUGUUGAGAGCAGUGAUGAGCAUUUUUGAUCCACUUGGAUUGAUCGCGUCUGUAACUAUUCACGGAAUGAUACUAGUUCAGGAGUUGUGGCGACAAAAAAUAGGCUGGGACGAUUGUAUUCCGGAAAAUAUAUGGGGCAAGUGGAAGCGAUGGAUAGAAUCGCUCAAAGGUCUUCAAGAAAUCAACGUGUCACGGUGCUACUUCCCAGGUUAUGAUCCAUGCAGUUACGAUAGCCUUGAGAUGCACGUCUUCGUAGAUGCUAGCGAAUUAGCUUAUACAGCACUCAGCUAUUUUCGUAUAAUUGACCGUGGGAUUGUCCGUGUUGCUCUAGUCGCAGCGAAAUCUAAGGUUGCCCCACUCCAAGCUCUAUCGAUAACCCGACUUGAACUUCAGGCAGCCGUACUGGGUGUCAGACUGGCCAAAACGGUAGUGGAACAUCACAGCAUACCGGUACAACGUCCGUUCAGAAUUAACGAAAUCUUAACAGAGUCAGAUGAAAAAGAAUGGCACUGGGUUCCUACCCGAUUAAAUGUGGCCGAUGAAGGCACUAAGUGGACCAAGAUUCCAGAUCUUUCACAGCAUGGUCGCUGGUUUAAAGGAUCGGAGUUCCUUUACAAGGAAGAAGCAUUCUGGCCGCAACAAAAUCAACACCUGUCAGAAACAACAGAAGAUUUACGAGUUGUUCAUGUUCACAAACAUCUAAUUACUGAACCAUUAGUUGACUUUAGUCGUUUCUCCAGAUGGAAAAGGCUUUUAGGAGCAUUGAGAUACGUGUAUCGUUUCCUCUGGAGAUCUAAAAGGGUCGAUAGCGAGAAUAUAUCAACAAGAGCAGAGAGAAUUGUGUGGAAGCAGGUACAAAGCGAAGAAUUUCACGAUGAAAUGGUGAUCCUCAAACGUAACCUGGAACUAGUGAGUAGAGAGCAGCAUCUGCAGCUGCCUAAAUGCAGUCGAAUAAUUAACGUAUCACCCUGUCUUGACGAGUUUGGGGUGAUGCGCAGCGAGAGUCGUUUGGAAUCUGCCAACUUCAUUCAGUACGAUGCCAGGUUCCCGAUAAUCCUCCCGAAGGGACAUCACGCAACAAAUCUUUUAUUAGAUUGGUAUCAUCGUAAGUAUAGACACGAGAACGGAGAAAUAAUCGUCAACGAAAUACGCCAGAGAUUUUCCAUUGCACGAUUGAGAAUUGAAGUGCGGAAGGCAGCUAAACGCUGUCAAUGGUGCCGAGUCUUCAAGGCGGUGCCAAAUGCACCACGAAUGGCUGCUCUUCCUCCCGCCAGGCUCAUGCCAUUCAUUCGACCGUUCACAUGCACCGGAAUCGACUAUUUUGGUCCCUAUCUUAUUAAAAUAGGAAGAAGUUGCGUGAAAAGGUGGGUGGUACUAUUCACCUGCCUCACCAUAAGAGCAGUACAUUUGGAGCCUGUAACGGGUUUAACGACAGAUUCAUGUAAGAAGGCGAUACGGAGAUUCAUCGCGCGUCGGGGUGCACCACAAGAGAUUUUUAGUGAUCAGGGGACAAAUUUCAUCGGAGCGAGCAGAGAAUUGAGGGCCGAAGUGGAGGCAUUGAAUAAUGGAUUGGCGAGCACGUUCACAGAUACUUAUACGCAGUGGCAUUUCAACCCUCCAGCAUCGCCACACAUGGGAGGUUGCUGGGAGCGAAUGGUUCGUGCAGUUAAAGCAGCUAUAAAUUGUGUUCCAGAAGCCAGAAAGUUGGACGAAGAGUCAUUUCAUACGCUGUUGACUGAAGCGGAAUCGAUGAUCAAUUCCAGGCCAUUGACCUACAUACCAUUGAAAAAUUCAGAGGAAGAAUCGCUAACCCCGAAUCAUUUCCUUCUGCUUAAUUCGAAGGGAACUUGUCAGCCGAUGAAGACACCAGUACAAGAUGGUAUUGUACUGAGGAGUAGCUGGAACCUUAUUCAGAAUGUUUUGGAUCGUUUUUGGAAUCGUUGGGUUAAAGAGUAUUUGCCAAUAAUUUCACGAAGAACUAAGUGGUUUUCUGAUACUAGGUCAAUUAAGGUGGGAGACUUGGUAGUAGUAGUGGAUGAUCAAGUAAGAAAUAAAUGGGUGAGAGGACGGGUCUUGAAGGUAUUCCCAGGUAAAGAUGGAAGAGUUCGGAAGGUAGAACUGCAGACUUCGACAGGAGUGUACCAGAGGCCGGUUGUUAAGUUGGCUUUGCUGGUUGUCGAAGGUUCUAGUACAGCUUAG